AUGGUCGGAAUCAAAGUUUUACAACAAGUAUCGCGUUCACGCAAUGGUGUUGGAGCUUUUGUGCUCCCUUGUAAGCGUAUUACACUACAAUACUGCAACUUUGGAGGAUCUUCUGAAGGAAUGAGAGAUUUCUUACGCCAAAGAUUACCAAAAUUUGCAGCAAGACAUCCAGAAAUUGAGUUCCGGGUUGUUGAGAAGCCAGGUAAACAUCCGAUUGUCAAGGGAGAAUAUAGCACACCUAAUGCCAAUGUUAAUAACUAUGAAAAUGAUACCUUCAAGCAAAUCUGCGUUAGAAAAUGGAAUAUUGAUGUUAUUGAAAACAAACUGAAAUUGUUGGUUAACUCCUCAGGUAAGAAGCUCUCCAAGCCUAAACAUACUGUUGUGUCUUCCAAUCCAUCUGUUAGAGGUAUAUGGUCUCCAUUCUAUGUUGAUCCUAAACAUAGAUUUAGAGUGUAA